AGCCCUUGUGUGAGCAGGAUUGACAGACAGCAGGACGCUGCAGAGAGAGAGAGAGAGAGAGAGCGCGAGAGAAAGAGAGGAUAAGAGAAUAGCAAAGAGGGCUCGGGAGGGACAAAAAACAAGGCUUUAGUUGACCAGUGUUAAAAAAUAGACGUGCUGAAAGAUGGCAGACAGGGAGCAGCUCAUCCAGAGGGCUCGGCUGGCCGAACAGGCGGAGCGCUACGAUGACAUGGCCGCCGCCAUGAAGCUGGUGACGGAGUUGAACGAGCCGCUGUCGAACGAGGACCGCAACCUGCUGUCAGUGGCGUAUAAGAACGUGGUGGGUGCGCGGCGCUCGUCGUGGCGCGUCACCUCCAGCAUCGAGCAGAAGACGGCAGCGCAGGACGGCGGCGAGAAGAAGCUGGAGCUGGUGCGAGCCUACCGCGAGACCAUCGAGAAGGAGCUGGAGGGCGUGUGCCAGGAUGUUCUCUCGCUGCUCGACAGCUACCUCAUCAAGAGCUGCGAUGAGAGCCAACUGGAGAGCAAAGUCUUCUACCUGAAGAUGAAGGGCGACUAUCAGCGCUACCUGGCCGAGGUGGGCACCGGAGAGAAGCGCACCACCGCCGUCGCCGCCUCCGAGGCCGCCUACAAGGAGGCGUUCGACAUCGCCAAGAACAUGGCGCCCACACACCCCAUCCGCCUCGGCCUGGCCCUCAACUUCUCCGUCUUCUACUACGAGAUCCAGAACGCGCCCGAGCAGGCGUGCCAGUUGGCCAAGGAGGCGUUCGACGAGGCCAUCGGACACCUGGACAAUCUGAACGAGGACUCGUACAAGGACUCCACGCUCAUCAUGCAGCUGCUCAGGGACAACCUGACCCUGUGGACCAGCGACCAGCAGGACAGUGAAGGAGGGGACGCUAACAACUGAGCCGUCCUCUCUCCGUUAGUGCUCUAGCCUAGCUGUAGUCGACUUCGAUUUCCUCUUAAUAAAUGUCUUCUCCUGUCUUUUCUCUUCUCUUCUAUUUCUGUAGUCUCAUGUCCAUCCAUUGGUUUUAUGCAAAUGUAUGCAAAUUUUAUGUAAACGAGUGCAUCUUAUUCAUUAUACACGGUACUGUUUUGGUACUCGCGUCUUAAAGUGGAUUUAGCCUAGCGAGUACAGAAUAUUUAUAACAGCACGAUGGCUUGCACGGUAGCUAGCUAGUAGGUAGCUAGCUACUCCUUAUGCUGGCUAACUUUAGCUAGCUAGCAAACAAAACAAAAAAAAGGUCAUUUUAACAUGUAACCAAAACAACAGCAUGGAGUUAGAUCGUUUUAGCUAUGUUAGCUAGCAGUGUUGCAGCUAAAGUGUAGCUAAUGUUAGCUAACAGGUAAAGCAGCUAAUAUUAACAUUAGAUUAACGUUUGCUAGUGUAAACUGUGUGGCAUUUCAACCAACAAAGGUGGCCAAUUUAAGCUAAACAGAAUUCAUUUGGUCCGAACAAGUAUGCUAAUGUUACGGCUAAGCAAAAGUAGAUAGUGUCCUGGCUAGCUAAUCAAGCUAGCAUGCUAGAAAUGUGUAAGCUUUUACCAUUGGCGGAGCAGGAAAUAUUAAUUUCUUACAUGACGAGACAUUCUGAUUAAUUUAUUUAUCAUUGACUCUGUGGAAUUAGCUUUCUUUAAUCCAUCCUGCUAAUGCUGCGAUAAAUUAGCUAAUGUUAGCUAGCUUUUAGCGUCUGAUGAUUGGUUUCACUCAAUAUUCAGGUCUACUCCAGCAUCCUCUAUUUUCCACAGACUAAAGUUAUUGUCUUGCCUACAUUUCUAUCACAACCCACAAGUUUCUGGCUGUUUUGAUGUGAGCUAGCAUUACCUAACACCAGUUCUCCAAUCCUCACCAAUAGCCAA